GUGGUCACAAGCGAUCUUUACAUUCUGAUCUACAUUAGAGUCACAGUCUUCCAAAGAUAAGACUUCUUCUUCCGAAUAAAACGACGUUAUCUCUCCAACGGCUCUUCCCAAUCACUUAUGCUGAGCUUCUAUUCGACGUUUUCACAAAACUUCGGAUUCCGCGGCAAAGGAUCCAUUACCCAUGAGCACUUUCUGUUCGUGCGAAAAAAAGAUGGCUGCGCCCACAAGAGUUGUUUUGCUGGCCUGCGGGUCCUUCAACCCCAUCACAAACAUGCAUUUACGGAUGUUUGAAAUAGCACGGGAUUAUCUCCAUCGGACGGGCAAAUACCAAGUUAUCUCCGGUAUCAUUUCACCUGUACACGACGCCUAUGGCAAGAAGGGCCUUGUUUCCGCCAAGCACCGGACAGAGAUGUGCAAGCUGGCUGUGAAGUCUUCAGACUGGAUCCGAUUGGACACGUGGGAAAUUGAGCAAGACGGUUGGACAGAGACCGUCAAGUCAUUGAGACAUCACCUUGAUACAGUCAACUUAGAGACCUCCAAGGAUGCAGAAGAGACCCUCCACGCCCCCGUCACGAGGUACACCUCUGUCCCUGUACGGACCAGCCGUAAGAGGAGGCGGAACAAAAACCAAGAUGUUAACGGAGAUUUCUUUGUGACUCUGCGAACAGUGUCAUCGUUGUCCUGCUUUGGAGGAACUCUUAGCAAUAAUGAUGAGUAUGAAGAGCUGCACUACACCAGCUGCAAUUGCAGCAACAACAUCAAUCUGCAGCCCAUCCAGGUCAAGUUGCUGUGCGGAGCAGACCUCCUGGAGUCCUUUGCUGUACCUGGACUCUGGAAGGAUGAAGAUAUGACCGAAAUUGUGAAGAAGUACGGCCUGGUUGUAAUCAGCAGAUCAGAGUCCAACCCACACAAGUUUGUUUAUGAGUCAGACCUACUGUACAAGUAUCAAAGCAACAUUGACAUUGUGACGGAAUGGAUUUUCAACGACAUCAGCUCCACCAAAAUCAGGCGAGCACUGCGACGGAAGGAGAGUAUCAAAUACCUCGUUCCCGAGCCCGUCAUCAAGUACAUCGGGGACAACAAGCUGUAUGAGAUGGAGGACAACAACGCCGAGAAGAAAUAGCCAAACACAUGUAGCAUUAAUUUAUUAAGGCAAUAAUGUGCACAUGUUUAGAUGCUGCUAGAUGCUUAAGUGUUGAUAUAAUGUGGCUAAUUUCAUGGAAGAGUUGCAUAUGUGUCCCUCAGUGGUACUGCUCCUUACCCACUACACGUAACUCCUUCAUUGAAAUUGUAACCCAUAUAUUGUAAAUAGACUGCUUGUGCUAGUUACAAGUUACCUCUCAUGUUGGUAUUGCUGACUUUAAUUCUACCAUACAUUACAAUGGUGUAUGAAUCCAGACGAAGCAAGAAUUUGUAGACUAAGUUGUAUUUGGAGUCUUCUGUAGACGUUCAUUUUUCUGAUGAAUGCAAAAAAUCACUCCCCCCCAAAAAAAACUCAAAAACAAAAAUUGAAUCCUUUUAAAACAUCAGAAAAUGUACCAAAAAGGUGGUACGCAUUUCUGCCUAUCCAUUUCCUCAAAUGUUUGUCAUCCCCUUUCCAAAAAUCCUAUCCAAAUGUAAAAACCAUGCCUGUUAUUACAAAUUUGUCUUUGUGUUCUUUUAUGGAAUGUUAAAGAUGAAGCAAUAGAUUUGGGACAUGACUCUUGGAAAUGAGCUGCACAAGUACAUGCAGUUGUCAGAAUAAUGAUCGAGGUUCUUUGCAAUAUUUAAAAUGGUUACUGAAAAUCAUGUGCUUUUGUACAAAGAGAAGAUCAUAUUUUUUAAAGCUCUCGUACGUAAGAAAGAAGAAAAGCCUAAGAAAAGAAGACAUUCAACUUUGGGAGCAUCUCAAGUUGGAAUGCCAUAGGAUGUUUGAACGAGAACUGUAAUUAUUUCAAUUGAUGUCACCCACUCUUCCUAAUAGGGGAAUCCUUGCCAGGGACUUUGAACUCUUUGCUUAGGACUGGUCUAUCCUCAACAGGAACCUGGAAGAAUUUCCCAGCGGAACUCAGUAUUCCAUGAAAGAGCAUCCAGGGCAAACAGGAACAGUCUGGCUUUACUAAGAUAUUCACUUCGUUCACCACAUUGCAAGAAGUCCCUCCCUAAAGAUCAAGAUUCGGUCUAUAUAGAUGCAUUAAAAUUUAACACCUUAAAAACCAACGUACAUAUAAUUCUUUCCCAUGUUACAGAAACAAUUAUUAAAGUUUCAAUUUGAUCAUCAAAUAUGGCUAAGUGAUUUAGCAGUUGUAAUAGGGCUUUAAUUAAGUGAAAAGAAACAAAAUACUGCCUACUUCAAUAAUUGUGAUCUGUACUGUACUUUAACCCCAGUGGAAAAUUGAUAUUAUUUACAUGUCCUGCCUCUGUAUUUGUGCAUGUACAUUUUGUCCAAGUGCACAAGCCAAGUUUCUAAUUGCAUUUGUCAUUGGCCUUGCAAUAGUCUGAAUGUAAUCUCCUAAAAUACAAGUCUCAACUUGAUCUUUACUCUGCAAUUUUAAAUUUGAGAUGUUGAUUGCAAAAGAGAUAUCAUAUUGUUUUCCAGGCUCAUUUUAUGCUACAGGUUUCAGGUUUUGUCUGCAUGUAGUCACUGUUAUAUUAGGCAAGAGUGUUUAAUUGUUUUGAGAGGUUUUGUUUAUAUAGGGUAUGUUUUGGUCAACCGAAGCAAUUACAUAAAGUUUCAUGACGCUGGUAUAGUGACUGUGCAUUGUACUCAAUAGUAAACUGCCUUGACCAAUCAGUUUCUCAUUGGUAAAGGCACAAAAGUUUAGAAACAUGCUUGACGCAAAGAAAUCAUUUUUCCGGAGGAUGUAACAUGUAGUACUAAAUUGGCAUUCCUAGAGGAAGGUGCUCAAUUCUACAUGCAUCCAACAAACAGUACCACCUUGUGUUAUAUUGACUCAUUGGCCGUUGGCCUCUGUCUCUGUGCGGAUCUGCAGCUAGGUCUCCGUCAGAUUGAAUGCUACAUUCUUCCAUUGUGUAUGGUGACAGUACGAUGGGUCCUGUCUACUGUACAAAAUACCAGUGUAAAAUAUGUUUGCGUUACCACAGCUAAAUCAAUGCAAUGUACAUGUAUAUAUGGUACCUAGAAACAUUUGUAUGAAGGAUUAAUUUUUUUUAACCGUCUUUCUUUUGGGACAUUUCUGAGAGAUGAACGAGUUUGGAAACUGCAGGACUUUGUUGCAGUAAUUCACCAUUUGUCAAAUUCAGUAGCGUGUAUUAAUAGAAUAUUGCAUGGGGAUACGCUACCAGCUCACACCUCUCAGAUAUUUCUAAAUAUAAGUAACUUUGGGGGCCCUAAACUCUCAAAGAAAAGUGCUUCAGUUGCCUGAUUUUCAUCCCAACUUAUGAUUUUUUUUUUAGAGAGAUGGUCCUGUCAGGUGUAAUUAACAGAGGGUUUGCUAAUCCAGAAAUUUAUUGGUAACAAAGGUCUGCCAUGAGUGUGGGUGUAUUCCAGUUUUGCUAACAUUGGAUAUAAAGCAAGCUGCUGUCUGGUUUUGUAGGCACACUUUUUGUCGCUACAAGUUACUGUUCAGUUGUUAGGUUCUUGGAGUCAGAAACUUCAAGAUUUCAAAGUUGAUGGAGUUGAGUUCUAAAAAACUGUCAAAAAACUAUGUGUGUUUAUUUUAUUUCAUUCACUAUGGUUCAGUGAAAUUGUCAUGUUUAUCUGUUAUGUUUCGUACCUUUUAAUUUAUAACCAAUCAUCUUUCCAUGAAGUGUAUUGUGUAACUAAUUGUUCUGCCGAAAUGGUAUCUUUUUCUCUUUCGAUUAGUAGAAGGGUUCGGAUGGGUUUGGAGUAUCGUUGGCCCUGUCCUUCCCACCUCUAGUAGAUCUUUCAUUGGCCCAGUGCAUGAGCAUAACUUUUUUUAACUGUAGCUUAACCCAUUUAGUUGUUUUUCUGCCGAAUUAACACAUUUGCACAUAAUAAGUAUAUCUUGUGUGUACAUAUGCAUCCAUACAGCUGAAAUGGGAACUGGUAAAUAGAAAUUUUUGUUUUGAUUAUGGAUGUAUUUAACUGUGAUUUCUGUAAGAAAAAAAAAUAUAUAUAUGACUUGUGGUGGGAGAGAUCUACUGAUAAUUUUGUUGUGCUUGGAAAAAACUUUCAUUUGUUAGGAAAGAAGGUUGGAGAAAAACAAGAUUUUUAUUCAGAUGGUGCUUAAAAAUAGCCAGAUGUAUGCUAGCUGCCAUUUAAGGAAGACUUGGAAAUCUACUACAUGUCUGUCCUUUAUUAAAAUUGCAUGUACGUUACACACACAUGGUCUUGUUUUGAACUUGUCGGGGACGUGAGUGCUGGUACUGCAACAUAGUAAAAAUAAGUUGGUUUACAUACUUCAGCAGACUUUUCCAUUGAUGGUUCUCUGAACAACAUGUGAAGCUUUCAAGCUAAAUAUGAAAAAGAUUGCUUGCCGCAUUGUCUGGCACAUUAGUGAAAACGAAUUCUAUUCAGAUGAAAGAAUUAUGUAGAAUUUUGUAACGUGGAAGCAGUGGAUGUAAUUUUAAAUAAUGACAUUAUGAUUGUUUAUACGUUAGAGAGAAAAGUGCAAGACAGUUGUUACAGAUUUGUCAAUUGUCAAGAGUUAAUAUUUAUUUUUAUACGUUUAAUUGUUUGCGUACAGUUACCUCAACCCAGCACUUUUUUUCCACCUGUCAAAAUUUAUUUUGAAAUGGGCAUCAAUUGUUCAUAAAUUCAUGUCACCAGCUUGAUUUUUUUAAUGAUUUUUUUUGUCCAUGCUACAUGUACAAUGUGCAUAACUUCAAACUACAUGCAAGCCCCGCGUACAAAAUGGAUCAGUUUUAGUUAAUCAGAAUGUAGGUUUUGUUGGUGUUUUGAUAAUGUUUGGCAGUUGUAUGUUUUUAAGCUGCUCUUUUAGGAAUGUGCCCCCUGUUUUGUUUGCAGAAUAUUAAGAGCCUGAUGUUUUUAACCAGCUUGUUGAAAUACGCAUGGCAUAGAUUAAAUUAAGUUUCUGUGGGGAAGCAAACAAUUUUUAUAGGUACUAAUUUACUUAUUUUCCAGUAUAUCAAACAAGGAAGAAAUAAAUGUGUGUACCCCCAUGGCAUCAUUAACAUA